AAAACCCGCGGCCCGUGACUCACUCCUCCCGUGCUGCACCGCGAAAGGAAAUGGCGGCGUGAGGGCCCAACACCUUACUCGGGCGUCCACUUUCUCGGCCUCUCAGCGUCUGCCCAGUGAUUCUUUUACCCUCUGGCCCGUGAUAUAUUUCCCCGAAGCCCCGAGGUACCCCUAAAACCCCGCCAUACUAGCCCCUGAAGCCCUGAAGCCCGCCCGUGGGAACCCAUAAGAGGUGACGGGCUCCACCCCACACAGCUGACUGCACUCUAUAAUGACGGGCCUCACCUAAUCGCCUUCAUAAUUAAGUGCUGCAGAGUCGUCCCAGAGCCGCCACGAUGUCCGGGGAGGCGCCAGAGAAGGGCAAUGAGGAUAGUAUUAAGGUGGUGGCCAGGUUCCGGCCCCUCAAUGACUCCGAGGAACGGGCGGGGUCAAAGUUCAUCGUUACAUUCCCACAAAGCAAAGAUGACCAGCUAGUCAGCAUUGGGGGGAAAGUGUAUCAUUUUGACAACAUCCUGAAACCAAAUGUUACGCAGGAGAAAGUUUAUAAUACAGCGGCCAAAGAUAUUGUCAAAGAUGUGCUCAAUGGCUACAAUGGAACCAUUUUUGCAUAUGGUCAGACCUCCUCAGGGAAGACCCACACUAUGGAGGGUGUCAUUGGCGACCCCAACCUUCAGGGCAUCAUCCCGCGCAUCAUCCAAGAUAUCUUCAACCACAUUUACAACAUGGAGGAAAACCUGGAGUUCCAUAUCAAGGUCUCCUACUUUGAGAUCUACAUGGACAAAAUCAGAGAUCUGUUGGAUGUGUCUAAGGUAAAUCUGGCUGUACACGAAGACAAGAAUCGAGUGCCGUUCGUUAAGGGUGCCACCGAGAGAUUUGUGUCCUCUCCUGAAGAAGUGCUUGAGGUCAUUGAGAUGGGCAAGAGCAACCGUCAUGUUGCCGUCACAAACAUGAAUGAACACAGCUCUAGAAGUCACAGUGUCUUUUUAAUUCAAGUUAAGCAAGAGAAUAUAGAGUCGCAAAAGAAACUAUUGGGUAAACUUUAUCUUGUUGACUUGGCUGGUAGUGAAAAGGUGAGUAAAACUGGUGCUGAGGGAGCUGUCCUGGAUGAGGCCAAGAACAUCAACAAGUCCCUCUCUGCCCUGGGUAAUGUCAUCUCCGCCCUUGCCGACAACACCAAAACCCACGUCCCCUACCGAGACUCCAAACUAACACGUAUCCUUCAGGAGUCCCUUGGAGGCAACGCACGAACUACUAUAGUCAUAUGCUGCUCCCCCGCAUCCUUCAACGAACCCGAGACUAAAUCUACUCUUGACUUUGGCAAGAGAGCCAAGACUGUGAAGAAUGUUGUGACUGUUAAUGAGGAGCUUACGGCUGAGGAGUGGAAGAGGCGCUAUGAAAGGGAAAAGGAGAAGGUGACAAAGCUGAAGGCCCAGCUGGAAAAGAUGGACAGGGAGCUGGGGCGGUGGCGAGCUGGAGAGUCUGUGAGCACGGAUGAGCAGGUGGCUGUUGACAUGGAGGCCUCAACCACCUCACAGCAGCUUAUCCAAGUGCUGGCAGCUCCCCUCCCAGUGGAUGGGGAUGCAGCUGAGUGGGCAAGGGAACGUGAGCGUCUCUACCAGAGUCUGGACGAGAAGGAUGAUGAGAUCAACCACCAAUCCCAGCUGGUGGAGAAGCUGAAGGAGCAGAUGCUGGAGCAGGAAGAGCUGAUUUCCUCCACUCGCCGCGAUUAUGAGAUGCUUCAGUCAGAAAUGACUCGGCUCACCAAUGAGAAUGAGAAGGCCAAGGAGGAGGUGAAGGAGGUGUUGCAGGCACUGGAGGAGCUGGCGGUGAACUAUGACCAGAAGACGGAGGAGGUGGAGCGCAAGGGCAAGGAGAACGAGACCAUGGCGGAGGAGCUUAGCCAGAAACAGGCCUCACUAAGUUCUGCCACAUCAGAACUUCAGACGGUUAAGGAGUCUCAGACUCACCAGAAGAAGCGGAUCAAUGAAAUGUUGGUGUCCCUCCUGAAGGAUCUCAAUGAAGUGGGCACCAUCAUUGGCACCUCCAACGAUGCCAUGAAGAACCUUGGUGAUGUGGAGGGUAAGGUGGAGGAAGAGUUCACAGUUGCCCGACUGUACAUCUCAAAGAUGCGCUCAGAGGUGAAGAACCUUGUUCAGCGAUGCACCACGUUGGAAACCAAACAAACAGACCUCAAUACCCACAUUGAUGAGCGGGAGAAGGAGCUGAACGAGGCGAAGCUGCUCCUGACCCAGCACGAGGCCAAGAUGAAGACCCUCACUCAGUCCAUGAAGGAGGGUGAUGCCAAGAAGAGGGCCCUGGAGGAGCAGGUGGACAGCCUAAAUGAGGAGGUGGCACGCUUCAAGGCUGUGUCAAGGGUGUCAGAGCAGGAUGGUCAUGUUAAGGACGCCCUUGAGAAGCAGAUCGAGGAACACAGGGAGCUGCACCAAAAACAGCUGGCAGCUUUGAGGGAUGAGAUCACAGCCAAGCAGCAACAGAUUGAAGAGCUCACAGAUGAGAACCAGAAGAGAGCUGUGACUGAGGAGCAGCUGAAAUGUGACCAUGAGAAGCUCAAGGCUGAGGUGGCUGAGAAGACUUCUAAGCUGAGUGAACUAACAACAGUCCAUGAGCGCAAGGAACAGGCCCGCCAAGACCUCAAGGGUCUGGAGGAGACGGUGGCCAAGGAGCUGCAAACCCUGCAUAACUUGCGCAAACUUUUCGUGCAGGACCUGCAGACCAGAGUGAAGAAGAAAAUGGGAAUCCUGGGCGUGGAGGAGCCAAAUGACAAGAGUCAACAGGGAGGCUGCAGGGGAAAGUCUGCAUCUGGAGAGGAGAGUGAUGAGUCUGGUGGAUCACUUGCACAGAAGCAGAAGAUUCAGUUUUUGGAGAACAACCUUGACCAGCUCACCAAGGUACACAAGCAGCUAGUGAGGGACAACGCAGAUCUGAGGUGUGAACUUCCGAAGCUGGAGAAGAGGCUCAGGGCCACCAUGGAGAGGGUCAAGGCCCUGGAAACUGCCCUGAAGGAAGCCAAAGAAGGGGCAAUGAAGGACCGUAAGAGGUACCAGCAGGAGGUGGACCGAAUCAAGGAGGCAGUGCGGCAGAAGAACCUCCAGCGCAGGGGAACCACGGCCCAAAUUGCCAAGCCCAUCCGAGCAGGACAUGCACCUCAGGCCAACCAUGCACCCAUCCGGGGCGGCAUGCAGCCCUACCAGCCGCCCGCCGUCCAGCGUCGCUCCAUGGGGGCUCGCAUGGACUCAUCUAGUUAAACUCUUUCAAGUUUUCCACGUUCCAGGGAAGAUCAUAUACAAUAUUGUAUUAAAAAGCUAUCCUGCAGCAUGUUACCAAAUGAGAGUACCACUUGAUUUCUGCACCCACAGAAGAAACUUGGUUAAGUAUAUUACUUGGUGAAGGCAGUUAUACGGUAAAGAGUGAGGGCAUGCAUAGCAAUCCAUUAAGAGCCUCCAGCUACCUUACUGCUAAAGGCUGUAAUUUGAGUUACAUAGAUAUGGUAAUGUUUUUUAAUUUUAUACCUGAUGUAGUGUCAAAUUUGAGAUUAGCAAGCCUUAUUUUUUCCUCAGUUCAGAACUUGAUAAAGCCUCACUCAAAAGACGUGAGGUUUGAAAUAUGUAUCCCUGAUUAAUGUAGUGUAAGAUUCUUCUCUUGUAAUAAUUGGUUUCAUGAUUCAUACUUUAAAAUUUUGGCUUCACACAAGUACAAAUUUAGGCCCUGUAACAGGAAAUUGCUUUUCAAUUAAAGCAUCACUUUUCUCACUCAAUAGACAAUAUGUCUCAUGGAGUCUUCACAUGACAGCUUUCACGCCUGUAGUUCAGCACAAAGUGAGGGACACGACCAGGACUGCUGUGCAUAGCAUUGGCUGAGUACAGAUACACAACAGUUAGAAGCGUUGGUGGCAGGCCUACCGGGCAAAACUUAGCCAAUUAUUGCCCAGUCAUUUAGAAACAUUAUGGAAAUAUUUCUUUCGGACCAAAGCAAAUUUCUGUUAAGUACUGUGGAAAGAAGAAAUUGACAAUAUAUGUAAGACAUUUGACAAUUUUGUUUAAAUGUAAUUUUGUUUAGUUUUUGUUUUCCUGUUUAGAUGUGAUAACGUGUCUCUUCAGUUCCGUGUCUGAGUCCAAGGUAGGUCUUGUUGUAUGAUAUCCGUGACAUGCGUCUGUACUAUACUGUAAAGUUUCAUAUCAACUAUUUUACUGGUGAUGUUUGGUGGAUUCUUUUACAUACACAGUUUUGGAAUAAAGUGUCUUAGAAGCAGCUGUUAGGAAAUGUAGGCAGGUCCCAGUCUUUCAGUGUCAGUCCUAUGAACUUACAAAGAUACUUUAUGUAUAGUUGAAUGUACAGCAGAAUUCCCUCCCAUGACCUUUUGAUAUGUUUGUGUUAGUAGAUUUUAUAUAUAUACUAUAUAUAUUAAAUACUGGUACUGUUUUUAUUUGUUUGUGUUCAUGUAUAUUUGUUGAUGAAAUCAUUUGUGGAAAUUUUGUUACCUGUUAAAACAUACUACACAAUACACCCCUAGAUUUCAAAAUAGCUGUUUCUAUUGCAUACGAUUCGGCAGUACAAAAGAAUGCGUGUGAUAGCAGCAUUGGUAACAGUUCAUGUGAGCAAAAGGCAUUUUUUAAAGCAAAUUUAAAUAUCAAGGUCACAUACUCUAUAAAGCAUUUGACUGAACAGAGGAUAAGUAGCUCAGAUCUGAUGAAUGUGAUGCUGUGCAGGUGUUUUACAAGUAACAUGGCAGGUGCAACUUUAUAACAGUGGUGUCGUGUCUCUGUGAGGCACGGACACAAUGAUCUGGGAAGUGGAAAACGGUCUACUAUGCCUCUUGCUGGCAGGUGAAAUAUUCCUCAGAGAUGAUAUAUUGUAUUUUAUGUUACAAUGAAAAAAUCAAUUAGGUUACAAUGUUCUCUCCAGGCAAAGUGUACUAUUUUCCUUGAAGUAGUUGGCUGUGGCACUAUCUCCCUGUUCCUCACUGUUAGACCGGCCGUCACUCCUACACUAGGUUGAGUGAGCUCUUUCAGCUUUAAAAUGAAUAGUUACAUAGUGCCCUUACUAUUCUUUCAUAUCACUCUUUAGUCAUAAUUUUGUUAAUCUGGUCUUUGAAAUCCAUUCCUGGUGGAGAUCACUUCAUAGUAUUUAAUUUGGCUUAUUUAUUUAUUAUGUUUUAUUGAUAAUAUUAAGAACAGGUACACCACUAUUUUGCUGUUGACUUUAGUUACUAGACGGGUGGCGUACAGACCAGACUGUCACACCUGCGGCAUAACAUUGCAAAAACACAGACACACGCUUCCCUCACAUGCCCUACCAUUCUGUAAUCCGAUGAGGGAGAAGUACUGCUACCCUUGUACUGAAGAAGAGUUGGGGUCCCAGUGUUAGGGUGGUCCCUUCACCAGCAAGGCCUUCACUUAAUGGUACACCAAGCACCACUCAACAUCUUGCACCGGUGAACUCCUUUGUGCUUACUGCAACAACACUCCCUUCAUAUGGUAGAUGUAAGAUGACAUGGUUGUGAUGAGCAUUGCUUACAGUUGGAUCACUUACUUGCUCUGUCACAUUCUUUUAAUUAAGAAUAUGGUAAGAGUCUUUCCAAUGGCAUGCUUGUCAUUAAUUAUUAAGUAAGAAAACUAAUUUACCGUCAUUCAGUGUAAAGAACUUACAGGGAUGGAUAUUGCAUAUUGUGACAAUGUUGGUGUGAUGAGAGAAGAUCCUGAUGCCCUCUUAUUGUGUUGACAUAUCCAGAUGUCCAAGGUUUUAUUUCAUAUCAAGAUGUCCAUCGUUAAAUGUAACAAAAGUAGUGUUUGUCAAGGCUUUUUUCCCCAUAGACACCAUACUGUAGAGACAUCUCACCCUGACCAAUAUAAGGAAGAAAGAAAAACCUCACUCAAAUUCUCCUCAAAGGGGAAAGUCCAGAAACCUUGUUAAGAUAUUUUACAUUUAUAAAGUCAACUGCACUAAGAUUGCUGCCUCAGCUUUACGUGCUUGUACGAUGGAAAGGUACCACAGUAAAACACUAAUUGAA